ACGGAACCUCUGGGAUUCCAGCACUCGAUAGAUCAUCACGACUGGAUCCUGCACUCACAAUGACGACGACGAGCGAAACACCAGAGCAAGGGGCUUCAACGUCAGCUGCUAAUGGCUCUGAUUUGAAAGGGAAUGCCGACGACUAUGAAUUGCCUUGGGUAGAAAAAUAUCGACCGGUACUCCUUAAGGAUAUUGUCGGAAACGAGGAAACAGUAUCCAGAUUGCAGGUUAUUGGACAGGAGGGGAACAUGCCAAAUAUUAUCAUUUCUGGUCCUCCCGGAAUAGGUAAAACAACAUCCAUUCUUUGCCUCGCAAACGAGCUACUGGGUCCUCUCCAGAAAGAGGCCGUCCUUGAACUCAACGCUUCAGACGAUCGAGGCAUUGAUGUUGUCCGCAACCGAAUCAAAAUGUUUGCCCAGAAGAAAGUUUCACUUCCCGCUUCCCGCCAUAAAAUCAUCAUCCUCGACGAAGCAGAUUCCAUGACCGCGGGAGCCCAACAAGCCCUCCGACGAACAAUGGAAAUCUACUCCUCAACCACACGCUUCGCGCUUGCAUGUAAUAUGUCCUCCAAAAUCAUCGAACCCAUUCAAUCCCGCUGUGCCAUCCUGCGCUACACCCGCCUCUCCGACUACCAAAUCCUUAAACGUCUCACCGAGAUAUGUGAUGCUGAGAAGGUCAAGUUCACUCCUGAAGGUCUAGAGGCUAUCAUAUUCACGAGUGACGGAGAUAUGAGACAGGCGAUCAAUAAUCUUCAAGCAACAUCGUCUGGAUUUGGUAUUGUGACUCCUGAGCAUGUAUUCAAGGUGUGCGACCAACCGCAUCCAGUGCUAGUCAAGCAGCUGGUUGAGGCUUGUGUGGGAGCGCAGGUUGAUGGAGCGCUGGAUAAAGUGAGGACAUUGUGGAUGCAAGGGUACUCGGCUGUGGAUAUCAUUUCGACGUUGUUCAGAGUUGUCAAAACAUUUGAUAUGGAAGAGUAUAUAAAGUUGGAGUUUAUCAAGGAGAUAGGAUUGACGCACAUGAAGAUUUUGGAAGGAACGCAGACGCUCGUGCAGUUGUCAGGGUUGAUUGCUCGUUUAUGUAAAUUAAAAAUGAAUCCGGCAAUGUUUGUGGUGUAAAUGAUGUGCACCCGAAAUGCAUCCUCAGUCUAUUUGCAUGAGUGAUGGAAUUCAAACUCCAAACACCCCAAAAAGUCCCCUAUCACCAUAUGCUGCUCCUCGACUCUAUCGAUUUCUAGAAUAGGUCAACAUCUAUCGGUCCCAACAAAGCCUUGGGAAUGGCAAAUACAAAUUACGCAAAUCAUAUCACUAUGGAUCCCUGUACUAAUCGUAAUAAACUACACCGUAUGUAAGAGA